CAAGGCGAAUGCGUGAGCAGAUCCCACAGGUGUGUUGCUGCCAACUGAGCCGCGGCUACAGAAGACACACACCUGGAAUCACCAUGUGACUCGAUACCUGGGCGUGGAGAAAGUCCCUCAUAUUUUUCCCUGAGUCUUUUGUUGAGGAGUUGUCCGUAUCGCCUUUCUAACAGGAAUUGCGAUUUUCGGUCAGCCAAAGUAGCCUGUUUUUCCCCCUCCACGGAAUAGUGCCUUUCUGUAACCCUCACAAGACGGGUGAGGAGAGUAAAAUGUGAACUUGCUCACGGACUUCUUUUUUUUAAAUCCAGAAGAGGGGUUGUCGAGACCUGGACUGUUCCCGAACUACUGUACGUUCUUUUUCCUUCAAGGUGAGUUCCGGGCAAGCUGGUGUAUCCCGCCAGAGUGGGACUGAGACUGUUCUGCAUUUCACGGCAACAUCCGUUUUAAACCCAUAGCCUGGGCCCUUAAUGAAGCUGGGGGUCAGCUGCAGUGUGCGGCUAAUUGGCCAAGUUCGCCCAGGGCUCCGGCUGCCUGUGAUUGAAGUGUCCAGCGAGGGCCCACUGUGCAGCCACCACUGCACCCUGCUCUGUUCCACUCCAGCAGCCAAGACGCUCACAACACCUCCGUCUGCCUCUCCCUAAGAUGGCAAGCUGGGUCUCUCUCUCCAUCCUCCUCAUCUGUUUCUUGGCUUCACAAGGCCAGGAGGAGAACCGCGACAUGCCCAUCCGGGAGUUCACUUCCGAGACCCCCAUCAACAACGUGGUCCAGGACCCACACACAGGGCGCAUCUACCUUGGGGCAGUCAACACCAUCUUCCAGCUGGGGCCAUCUCUUCAGCUGGAGGCCCGUGCAGAGACGGGCCCUAGGGAGGAUGCCCGAACCUGCACGCCUCCUGCCUCGGCAUGCCAGGACACAAAGCCCAUGCCCAACCUCAACAAGCUUCUGCUGGUCUACCCAUCCAAUGGUUCCCUCAUAGUCUGUGGCAGCCGCUACCGAGGCAUCUGCUCGCUCCUCAACCUGACCAACGUUGAGCAGCAGCUGUACUACAGUGACAGUAAAGGGGAGAGGACUUACGUGGCUAGCAUAGAGGACAAUGUGAAUGUGGUUGGUGUUAUGUCCACUUACGCUAAGGAUGGACAGAACUUCAGCGUUUUCCUUGUUGGGAAGGGCUAUGGAAGCGCUGACAGUACAAAACUCAUCAGCACACGUAUCCUUCAGGACUACCGUGACUGGGUAGUGUUUGAGAGCAUAAUUGAGGCAUCGACAGUGCAGACAACGCCGUUUGUUCCCAAGUACCUGCAUGACUUCCGCCAUGCCUUCAAAGAGGAUGGAUUUGUCUACUUCCUGUUUUCAAGGACUCUUGAUGGCACAGACAACAAAAACCUGACCUUUGUGUCUCGUCUUUGCGAGGAUGACCCGCAUUACUAUUCCCACACAGAGCUCCAGUUGAACUGUGGUACAAAUAACCGAUACAACAAAGUUCAGGCUGCAUAUGUGGCUUCUCCGGGAAAGGAGCUGGCACGAGGCAUGACCGAGUCAGGCCAGUAUGGCAAGGUCAACCCCUGGAACAAAGUUCUGUUCAUGGUGGCCAGUCCUGAUGAUGAUGGCACCGACUCUGCUCUCUGCAUGUACCCACUCAAUACCAUCAACGAGCGCCUGGUGGACAUCAUCAGCGCCUGUUACAGCGACUCUGGAAAAAUUGCCGGUAGGGCCGCUGUGGACAUCCCCUACUCAUCCAAGACAGACGAAUUUUGCACGUCUAAAAUUGCUAAGGAUACAUUGAAGAACUUCCAGUGUGGUGCAGACUUCCUGCCCUCCCCUCUAGCCAGCAAGCCAGAGUUUGCCUUACAGGCCAAAGCGGAGGUGGUCAAGAAGGGCCUACUUACUGCUGUAGCCAUCGCUGUGGAAAAUGAUCAUACCAUCGCCUUCCUGGGAAGCAACCAGGGAGAGGUCUUCAAGGCACACCUGACCACCAACCCAGAAGAGUACAGCCAGAUUCCUGGAGACACAGCAGGUGAAAAGGUCAACAAGAACCUUUUCUUUGACCUCAGCCACAGCCACCUGUAUAUAACCACUGAGAAAAAGAUCACCAAGGUGCCGGUGCAAAUGUGCCAUCUGAAGACUGACUGCAAAUCCUGUGUGGGCCUGAGGGACCCUUACUGUGGCUGGUGUGUCCUGGAGGGCAGGUGCACCAGAAGGUCUGAGUGCCGACGGGCAGAGGAGAAGUACGGCUGGCUGUGGAGCCCCAGGCAGCAGUGUGUCAAGAUUGUCUCCUUCUAUCCCCCCAAUCUCUCCUGUAAAAAGACUCAGCAGGUGGAGAUCAACAUCCCCACUCUCCCCUCCAUCGGCAGUUCAGACCGUCUACGCUGCGUCAUUCAGUCCUUUGACAGUGAGGGAACCAUGUCUGAGUCUGGUCAGGUCACCUGCGCCCUGCCCCUCCCUUCUGCUAUACCACCGACACCUGAAGGCCAAGACUUUGUGGCAGUGCCCAUCAAGAUCUUUGUCAACGAGACCGUGGAGCUGGCCACACGGGAUUUCCAGUUCUACAACUGCGCUGCCACAGUGAGGAGAGCUGAAAACACACCGUGCAUGUCAUGUGUGACAAGUCCAUGGGGCUGCCAGUGGAAUACGCGUGACCACACUUGCAGUGACAUUGAUGACACCGUGGCGGGGCCCCACAUCAUCAAACACCGUCAGGGAGCCAAGUGUCCUAAGUUUGAGAAUCCAGAUCCUGUGCUCAUCCCUGUGGGCUUCAAGACCACCAUCAGCUUUGAGGGCAUCAAUCUAGAUCUGUACCAGGGCCGCUCUUUCACCAUCGGCACCAAAUUGAUGAGAAACAUGGAGGAGGAUGUCAAGUCUGAGCCCGGCUUGUUCUACAGCUUCAGUGGCUUCAACUUUUCCUAUGAUAAGUCACCGGAGACCAAUGUUCUUUUCUAUGUGAAGGACAAGGAGUCGGGCAAGAAGAUGGACAGCACACUGAACGUUACCCUGUACAACUGCUCUGUGGGAAGAGAGGAUUGCAGUCUCUGUAAGAACGCUGACCAGAAGUACACAUGUGUGUGGUGUGCCAAGAGGAAGGCGUGUGUGUACAACAAGCUGUGCACCCCUGACCAGCAUGACUCCAAUGACACGGGGUGCCCAGACCCCCAGAUCACUGAUAUCAUCCCUCGUUUUGGCCCCACGCAGGGAGGCAUCUCCAUCACCAUCCGUGGCUCCAACCUAGGCAUCCAUAAGAAAGACAUUAAGAGCAUCAGCGUGGUUGGGCAGCCCUGUAUUCAUCAGGAAGAGAAGUACUCUGUCUCCACUAGUGUGGUGUGUGAGAUCAGCCCCGUAGGCAGAGAUCAGGACUUGUGGGGCCAGGUGGAAGUGGAGGUGGAGGGGGGGAAGAAAGGAACGUCCUCAAUCUACUUCACCUACAGGGAUCCGAUUCCCCAGGAAGUGUCCCCUGCUAGGGGUCCCAAAGCCGGGGGCACCCUCAUUACCAUCUCUGGCACCCACCUGGACACCGGCACCAAGGAUGAUGUGCAGGUCACUGUUGGAGGGGUGGACUGCACUGUGGAGCAGUUUGGACCAAAGAUCACCUGCAGGACAGGAGAAUACCGGGCAGAGAAGCUACCCUCUGACUUUCUCACAGUCACGGUGAAGUAUGGAAAGAGAACCACAACACACAUCCACAGAGCGUUUGUGUUCUUGGAAAACCCCAUUUUGCAGGACCACCAGCCCAGAAGCAGUUUUGUCUGUGGGGGGCGGACCAUCAUGGUGACCGGAUCCGGCUUUGACCUCAUCCAGACUGCCAUCAUUAAGGUCCAGGUGGAUGGAGCUCCUGUUGAGUUCCUUCAGCAGGCAGAAAGUAAGAACGACACAGCCAUCAAGUUCCUGUCUCCGAUGGUGAACACCUCCUAUGAGACUCAGCGCUACAAAACCUACAUCAAGCUGGACAACUGGGAGAAGCAGCUGAGCCCCUUCGAAUACCACCCCGACCCCACCUUCUACGAUCUGCCCAAGAGGGUCAUCACCGAGACCAGCAUCAUCAUCGUCACCGGUCGAGGCUUCUCCAAGGCCAUGACAGCCAAAGAGGCCCUGGCGUACGUGGGCGAGGUUCCCUGUGUGGUCAACACCCUGCAGGACGACAAGCUGUUCCUGGAUCCACCCUCCAGCCAGCCCAAACGCUCCAGACGCCACCGGCGAGACACCAGCUCCGAGCCACUGGACCUGGUGAUCAAGUUUGGGAACGGGGAGUGGGUGGUGGGCUCGGUGCAUUAUGAGAGGAAGUACGAGGUGCCUCUCUACAUCAUCAUCCCUGCUGUCAUCGUGCCCAUGCUGCUCAUCAUCGCCAUCUCUGUUUACUGCUACAGGAGGAAGAGUCAACAGGCGGAGCGGGAGUAUGAGAAAGUGAAGCACCAGUUGGAGAAUCUAGAGGAGAGCGUACGAGACCGCUGCAAGAAAGAAUUCACAGACUUAAUGAUUGAGAUGGAAGACCACACCAACGACCUGAGUGAGGGCAGGAUCCCCUUUUUGGACUACAAGACCUACACCGACCGCGUCUUUUUCCUGCCCUCCAAGGACGGUGCAAAUGAUGUUAUGAUCACCGGCAAGCUGGACAUCCCCGAGUCGCGGCGGGCCACCGUGACCCAGGCACUCAACCAGUUCUCCAACCUGCUGAACUCCAAGACCUUCCUCAUUAAUUUUAUCCGUACCCUGGAGGGCCGUCCAGACUUCAAUGCCAGGGCCAAGGUGUACUUUGCCUCACUGCUCACUGUGGCUCUGCAUGGUAAGCUGGAGUAUUACACCGACAUUAUGAGAACGCUGCUGCUGGAGCUGAUGGAGGAGUACGUCCACAGCAAGAACCCCAAGCUCAUGCUGCGCAGGUCAGAGACAGUGGUGGAGAGGAUGCUCUGUAAUUGGAUGUCUAUCUGCCUCUACCAGUUCUUGAAGGACUCUGCAGGUGAGCCGCUGUACAAAUUGUUCCGAGCCAUCAAGCACCAGAUCGAGAAAGGGCCCGUGGACGCCAGAGUGAAGAAAGCCAAGUACACCCUCAAUGAUACAGGCCUGCUGGGCGACGACGUUGAGUACUGCGUCCUGACGCUCCAAGUGCUGGUGCAUGGCGAGGGUCCAGACGUGACGCCCGUCAAAGUGCUGAACUGUGACACCAUCUCCCAGGUGAAGGAGAAGAUCAUAGAGCAGGUGUACAGGAACCUGCCCUACUCCCUCCGGCCCAAGGUCGACAGUGUUACACUGGAGUGGCGCCCCGGCUCAACAGGGCAGAUCCUGUCAGACCUGGACUUGACCUCUCAGAAGGAAGGCAGGUGGAGACGCAUCAACACCUUGGCACACUACAACGUGCGAGACAAUGCCACGCUGGUCCUGUCCAGAGUGCUUCACACUCAGCAGAACUACGACCAGAACCAGGAGAACCACGAAGAGAGGAAUGCCCUGUUGGAAGACGACAAGGUGUUCCACUUGGUGAGGCCGGCAGACGAGCUGGAUGAGAUCAAGUCAAAGCGAGGUAGCAUGAAGGACAAGUCGAUGACCAAAGCCAUCACAGAGAUCUAUCUGACACGACUUCUCUCUGUCAAGGGAACGCUGCAGCAGUUUGUGGACGACUUCUUCCGCAGUGUGCUGUGCUCGGGGGCAGUGGUGCCGCCGGCCGUCAAAUAUUUCUUUGACUUCCUGGACGAGCAGGCUCUGAAACUUGACAACGUGGAUGAGGAGACUAUCCACAUCUGGAAGACUAACAGCCUGCCUCUUCGAUUCUGGGUGAACAUCCUCAAGAACCCCCACUUCAUCUUCGACGUGCACGUGACAGAAGUGGUGGACGCCUCGCUCUCCGUCAUUGCCCAGACAUUCAUGGAUGCCUGCACCAAGAGCGAGCACAAACUCAGCCGGGACUCUCCAAGUAACAAACUACUCUAUGCAAAGGAGAUCUCCACUUAUAAGAAGAUGGUGGAUGAUUAUUACAAGGGCAUCCGGCAGAUGGUAUCUGUCAGUGACCAGGACAUGAACACUCAUCUGGCUGAGGUGUCACGGUCUCACACCGACAAACUAAACACACAAGUGGCCCUCCAUCAGCUCUACCAGUAUGCCAGCAAAUACUAUGAUGGGAUCAUCGCGUCCCUCGACGACGACCCCGCUGCCCAGAGUAAACAGCUUACCUUGCGACUUCAGCAGAUUGCAGCCGCCCUGGAAAACAAAGUGACUGAUCUCUAACCCACUGGAUGGGGGACAGGGGAGCGGGAGGGAGGGACGGGGAAUGGUAGGAUACCGCCAGUGUCCACAGGGGCUUAUUUCGUCUGCUAGCGAAGGAAACAAGGGAAAAAGGAAAGGAGAGAAGGGACUCAUUGAUAUUGUACACCUUAAGCCUUGGAACAAUUACGUGUCUGUACAAUGGAGUAACAGGGACUAAUGAAAUACAAGUCAGAGAGUGAAAGGGGGAGAAAAUGAUGGGUUACACUGUCAUAGGUACGCCUUAAAGCUCAUUUGCCAAACCUUGAAGGUCCAUGCACUGAAUGCUUCACUGAAUCCCAUUCCCAGAAUGCAGUGCGGGAAACCUCUCUGAGAAUUAAGCCCCUGUGUGGAGCACUGGCACAGGAGAUAAUCAGAUGUUCAAUUUCUUCCUGUGUAGAAAAGGUUUUAAGAAUUGUAUUAUAUAUUUUUUUUAUUGUGCAGUCUUUAUGCGGAAAGCUUUAUAAGGAAAAAAAAUUAUCUUUUUAAAUGGAUCGCCUUGUGGUGCGGAUAGUGUCUCUAUUAGCCUGUGUGUGCGAGUGCGUGUCAAGUGUGCAUGUGAGGUGCAAAAUGUGAGUAAGCGCGUGUGUGCCCAAACCUUAGUGUGUGUUGGCAUGAAUUUGAAUGUGUGGACUUGCUUGUGUGCGUGUGUGAGUAGAUGUGUGGACGUGUGCACACACAGGAUGCCUACUGUCAGGCUUGAGGGCGAAGGGACGCCCGCUUUCUGUCAUUUUAAUCCCCCAUACCCAGUGAUACACAGAAGCCUGCGCUCAGCUCGCCAAGCAGUUUAACAGAGACCAAAGGGUCCUGACAGGGACAAUGGCUAAUCUAACAAUGCACAGGCUCUCACAAAUGACAAGUAUAGUUUCAAAAAAUACUUCAGAUGUUGUAUUUUUUUCUUUUGAUUCACUUUUGCUUCAAGCUCAGUUGUCGUUUGUGCUUGUGGAAAUCGAUAAUAGCACACUUUGUCUCCCUUUAUUGUACAGUGCCACGAUACAUUCCACUCCAAGUAAAGCACAGAAAUACAUUUCAAAUGUUUUUAAAGACAAUUCAGUUGUUGAACGGUUGUUUUCAAAUAUUUUUAUGAGCUAUAAAAAGUUUUUAAACUAGUUAUUUAAGCCUCCCUGUGUCAAGAGUAAACAGUUAGAGCCUUCUCUGUCAUGGAGCCAUGCCACUCAUUUUAGCCCUGCAAUAAUGUCAGUGUACCAUCAGCCGCAACAUUGUAGUGACAUUAUACAGUAACAUUAUCGAACUAAACUUAUUCAACAACAGUAGCAAUUCAGCAAUACAUUCUCCAACUUAUUGAUUUUGGUGUUAUGAUUUCUGUAUUGCCAUUUUAUAGUAUUACCUUUGUAAUGUUCCAAAUAAUCACCUAGUGUUGUGUCUCUUCCGUUAUGUUAAUAAUUUGCCAUGUAGAGAUGCAGUUGGUACUUAAAUGGUACGUCUUGAAGUCAAGUCAUAACAGUUGUUUUAGCCUUGGUAUGAUUUAUGGAGGCCGGGUGUAAUCAUGUACAUAUAUUACAGUAAUUGUAAUAUUUAUAUGUCAAGGUCAACAGGGUGGAAAUGGUCUGUGUGACUUUUCUUGGGCCAUUCAGUGUCACCACUUUUCAUCCCCCUGUUAUUGUAGAUGAUAUUCCUGUUGACAAAUGAUUUAAUUGUACUCCCUGUACGUGAUCAUGGAUGUGUGUGUAGUGACAGAGCAUAAGGAGCUCCAGAGACCCCAGAAUGUUAGCGAUUCCUGCCUUGGCUAAAGUGAGGUUUGCACAGAGCCCGAGCCUGCCUGCCUGUCUCCCUGCCUGCUUUCUCGGCAUGGCAUCCUGGCAUCCUGACCAACAGCACUUGGCACUGCCCACUCAGCGCAGUGCAGAGUGGCACUCUGUAUAAUGGAAUCAGCAGGGGAGGCUUUUGAUCUUAAUUGCAUGCCGACUGCAGACUCCUUCCUUGUCGCCGCUGUUGUUUACCGCUGACUUCUCUCACUGACAGAGUGAUGCAAGACGCUUAUUUCAGAGCCUUUCUUUAACCAAAAAUGUGCCUUAAUGAACAGGAUGAUACAUAUAUAUUGUUUCUAAAUUAUUCUAUUGGUAACCUAUAGGUGAUUAUGAUGAUGAUAGUGCUAUAGACACAGCAAUGUAUUUGGACUUGUGAUAUUUCGUGUGCUGUCAAAAAUGCUAGAUGCCCUGCUGCAGCCAUUUCCGUGCCAAUAGGCUGAAGACAUUUCAGUAUGAUUUCUUUUCUGGUUGCAGUUUUGAUGUGUGCAUUUCCUUUGGGUGUCUGUGUGGUGUGUGCUUAGUAGGACUUUGGUGGCUGAGGUAAAUAGCCCAAAUGAAUAAAUGUAAAGCAGUGGCCAAUGUUAUUUGGGUUUCCCAUGAAAAUGUCCGGCAUUCCUAAAUUAGUCUGAAGUCAAAAAGGGUAUCCUUAUGUAGGUUAUUGAGUAUAGCGCAAAAUUGUUCUAAUGGUGUUUCUUUUUUGCCCUGUGUUUCUAAGCUAUUCCACCGUGUGUAUGAUAAAUGACUAUCUAUACUCGAGAAAUGACCUUUCUACAGAUCCUGAGAAGUGCACUGAGAAGAAAAAAAUAUAUAUUUUGAGGCUAUAAUUUACUAAUUUGUGGCCAAGAGAUCUAACUCGUUCGCUCCGGGCAAGGACCAAGCACAGAUCUGCUACUUGUGUCCAGAAAUCCUCGAGGAUAAACAUCUGGGCCACAGUUGCAGUCUACUCCCAGGAGAAAGGGAAGAGUACUGCACACUUACCUUGUGGUCAUGAAUUAACUAAAAUGGGGGGAUGAGUUAAUUAUGUUGAGUUAACGAGUUAUAUCUCAUGGCCACAAAUUCACUAAAUCUUGGGAAAAAGUUAUAUCUCAUGGCCACAAAUUCCCGAAAUGUUGAACAAGUUAAUUAAACUGAGGGGAUGAAAUAUACCUUGUUGCCACAAAUUAGUAAAUCAUGGCCUCAAAAAGUAUUUUUUUCUUGUCAUUGUACUUCUCAGGUUCUGUACCUUUCUUACUGCUGUGCAGUUAUUUUUAUUUCUUGUUUCCUAUACCAUAUAAACCUUUGUAAAAAAAAAAAAAAAAUGUUGAAAUACUGUAUUCUAACUGUAUAAUCCUAUGCAUUGAGUCCUGGGGGAAAAAAUCCUGUUUGUGCAGUUGUCGAGACCUUUUUUCCCAUUUUGAAACUUGUGAAUGUGCCGUGAUGAUAAAAGAAACUGGGACACUCCAUUUUCAGUACAGGACCAUUAAUGGAAGCCAACAUUUUUCCUCCCCAUCCGAGGCAGCUCAGAAGAACUCGAUCUUGUACCUGAUCUGGUUGUACUGGAUGAACUAAACUCCUCCAAAGGUUGUGUGUGUGGACGGAGCAGUUACCCACAGGUUUCAUCAUACACUCCUCCGUGAAUAAACUCAGAGACAUACA